AUGCAGUCGUUUUCCUUGUGUCCGCUUGCUCUUCGCUCAACCGUUCUCCGCAUCAUCCGGCCGAGUCAACUCGGAUUUCGCUCCAUUUCGAGAGCUACAGGCCAAAUGACUUCCCAAAGAGACGAGUCAAUUCCACACGAACUGCGUACAGCUGCAGAGCCCCGGCAAAAUAGACUAUAUCCAGUGCGACUGUCGCACAUCGAGCAGGUCAACCCCUCUGUCCGGCUACUACAGUUCGCUCUGCCUCAAGAAAAUAAUGAUAACAAUCAACAGCCAUUCAGCUUCCUCCCGGGCCAAUGGCUUGAUGUCCAUAUUCCCUCCAUCGCCCAAGCGGGGGGUUUCACUAUCACCUCCACCCCGGCAGAUGCCCAAGUGCUGCCGUCACCAGAGGCUUCUAUAGACUCAUUAGCUGGCGAGGCGCUAGAACCAUCUUCAGAAUGUCAAGGGCGACCGCCAUAUGUUGAACUGGCUGUGCAAGACUCGCCCGGUAACCCAUCCGCCGCAUGGCUAUGGAGACCAAAGGAAGAGAUCCUAGGCAAGGAACUGAACAUCCGAGUUGGUGGAAGCUUUGUCUGGCCUCCCACUGGAAUCAGUAUUAAUGAUGUUAAGAAUGUGGUCUUCGUUGCGGGUGGUGUUGGCAUCAACCCUCUGAUAUCCAUGCUCUCCCACCUAAACAACAACGAACCUCACACCCCCAACCCCACAACCAUCCACAUCCUAUACUCCAGUCGUCUACCGCAAGACCAGAGAAAAGGCUCGGCAGACGCAAUACUCGACCAGAUCCUGUUUCUCCCACGUCUGCGCCAGAUAAUCCGAUCUCAAGAGAGUUCGCAUCGGCUCCGUAUCUCGCUGGACCUUUUCCUGACGGACCUGGCCUCGUCGCCUGAUCUGCUCUCAUCUGGGUCCCCUUCGGAUCUCCAGAUUCACCCAGAGAGAAUAUCUGAUCGUGAUCUGCGCUCUGCGGCUGUGGGUACAGAUGGUGACUUGGAAUCUCGGGGUACAGUAUGCUAUGUAUGUGGACCGCCUGAUAUGACUGAUUCCAUUGUGGAGAAGUUGGUUGAGAUGCUAGGGGACGGUGGGGAGCAGCGAGUUUUAUUUGAGAAAUGGUGGUGA